UGUCAUAUGAUGUCAGAGGGGCAAUAGAUUGGGGGAGUCGGGUGAUUACUUUGUGAGGAGUGAAAUGUCUAUUACAUUGUUUUGUACACUUGAAACUAAUAAAAACAAAACUAAAACGAUGCUGUCAUGUGUCUGUUUGUGAGGCUGAAAAGAUUUUCUAUGACUACCAGUCUCCUCUCAAUGGCCAUUGACAAAAUCCACCACCAUUUACAAAUCAGCCUCUCAGACUGUGAAGACCAGGCCUGUGCACCGGCUGCCAGCGUUUCCCCGGCUGGAGGAGCUCAAGCACAGCCUGAAGCACCGUGUCGGCAACCCUCCGAGCGGUCCUCUCCUCCACCCGCUGAGUUGUAUCCUUCACUUCAGCUCAGCUAAAGUAGCCAUCCACUCCGCGCCAUAGGCUGAUCAAUCAAACCGUACAGAAGGAGGUGCAUCACCCAAGAGCUGGUAGGCUGACUCUCUUCCAGGGGUAGAACCUGUCACUUAUACCUAAAGUGAAAACUAUUAUGACAUUUCUCAGAAAAUGACAAGGACUGAGUCCUGUUUGUUAGAAUCGCGAGAUGUAGCGCAGGCCAAACCCUUGUACAUGGUUUAAGGCUGAUCAGGAAACUGAGCUCCAUCCAGGGUCUCAAAUCAGGCAGGGACUCGGUUCCCGGCACAAUCUGUGACCCCUCACCGCCUCCUAGAGUCAGGGCUGAUCACUGUUUCAAGUAGCCACCGUAUUCAAGUGCAGCGAUCGUCACCUGGGAGCUGGCAAACGAUCCUCCCUGGGAGACGGCCUUGGCGGACACCGCCCCCGGGGCCGGGCUGGCGACACCAGGUGCAGCUACCAUAUCUUCCAUGUCCUGCGGCGGGGAAGGAGAGAGGGUUUAGGGACAGCGGCCGUUCCCCGGACGGGUAUUCAGGUUGUACAGGGGGAGUUGAGAGCGGAACCUUUCUCCUCCGCCUCGCUCUCGCUUUCACCCGGGCCCAGUUGGCGCCGGACGCAGUGGUGGAGGCUGAUAAACAUGGAGACCGCGGGCACCGGGCCUGGGGAACGGUCCUCGGGGCUGGAGGCUGCGGGGUCCACCGACGACCGGCUGUUCGUGGUUAAAGGUGGAAUUUUCCUUGGUACUGUUGCUGCAGCGGGAAUGCUAGCUGGAUUUGUUACAACAUUAUCACUGGCUAAAAAGAAAAGCCCUGAAUGGUUCAAUAAGGGAAGUGUGGCCACCGCUGCUCUCCCGGAGAGUGGGUCUUCCCUUGCCUUGCGAGCCCUGGGCUGGGGCUCCCUGUAUGCGUGGUGUGGGGUUGGUGUGAUCAGCUUUGCCGUCUGGAAAGCUUUAGGCGUUCACAGUAUGAAAGACUUUCGAAAAAUGCAAUCGAUAUUUCCAGCAAUUCCCAAGAAGUCUGAACCUGCUGUUGAGUGGGAGGAAGCAUUGAAAUCCAAUGAGAUGAGCAUGGUGGAUGAAUUCCAAAAGGAUUGUUCCAGAAAGGGUGGGCUUUGGAGACGCCAGACAGCAAAGGGACGUAUUGAUUUCUCCUCAGGAAGAUGUGCAGAUUGUUCUCUGAACCCACAGGAUGGAUGACAGUGUCCGCACUGGAAGCCAGUAGUAUUUCUAUGUGCUUUACUUUAAAAUGCAUGUAGGCACGUGUGUGCGUGCGUGUGUGUGUGCCGUCUUUGGGAAGGGUCAAGUUUUCCCAAGUUAGGAAGACUAUUUCAAGAUAAUUAUAUAGAUAACUUCUCUAUGUGGAGGAGAUCCCGGGGAAAUACUUCUGUUUAUGAUUAAAACCAAGUUUUAUACCUGAAAAAAUAUAUAAUAACCUACCAUGGAAAAUCUUUAUAAACAGACUGCUAACAGCAGCAGUACCUCAGUGUGUCUAAUUAAAUGAAUUUCAGAAGACUUUCUUGUCAGUGUGUGACCGUCAGAGCCCGAGAGACUUGCUCCUAUGAGGCUGAUGGGCCAAUCCUGUACAUCAGACAGUGGACGCGGCUCUGCGGUGUUUGCUUCCCACGUGGUACUUACCUGCCAGAUAACCUCGCCUGCAGGUCCUGCGAAUGCUUAGACAAGAAGCCAGGAACAGAUUAUGAUAACUUGAAAAGAUAUAGUUAUGCUACAUUAAGAAUUCAUGGGUAUAAAAUGCUUCUGGGUCCCUACACAGUGACUGACAGUUUAUAGUUUUGUCUCAGUUGUCAAUGUGCAGAUAGCCCUGUUGUCAUCUAUUUUUUAACCAGAAAGUUACUUGAGUACCACCGUGUUUCCCCGAAAAUAAGAGCGGGUCUUAUAUUAAUUUUUGCUCCAAAGACGCAUUAGGGCUUAUGUUCAGGGAAGUCAUCCUGAAAAUCAUGCUAGGGCUUAUUUUCC